GUUGAUUGUGAAGCUUAGGAAUCUUUUGCUGGGUCCUGAUUUAAACCGAAUUUCACCUUAUGUGGAAGCCGGGGAUUCGUCCAGCAGCCCCAUGGUUACACAGAGCAUGGACAACAAGGAGAACGGGUCCCUGGAUAUUAAAAUUUCUGUAGAGAAUGGCAGACCUCCAGAUCCUGCACACUGGGCCGUUGAUGAUGUUUUCAAUUAUUUCAAAUCUGCGGGGUUUGAGGAGCAAGCAGGGGCUUUUAAGGAUCAGGAAAUCGAUGGGAAGUCUCUCCUUCUUAUGACCAGGAAUGAUGUUUUAACUGGACUUUCUCUAAAACUUGGCCCAGCUCUGAAGAUCUAUGAGUUUCAUGUGAAGCCUUUACAGACACAGAAUAUGAAGAAAAACUCGUCUUAGAAAAAGAACUGUACCAAAAUCAUCAUCAGCUGUUAGGUGAUACUCAAACUGUCAAAUUUAAACCAAAUAUGACCCCUUGUCCUGGGGUGUACUUGAUUCGAGAUUGUAACAUAUCUAGAAAAGGCACCAAAAGUUCUGGUUCCUGGUGUUGAAGAUGUGCCCCCUGGUGGUGUAUGUGGCAAUAGACACAAUCUAUAAAGGAACAGACAUGAAGAUUCUUCUGGGAUGUGUCCUACAGCUGUCUUAACACAUUGUCCUGUACAAUACAAAGACCUGUAGCCCCUGAACCAUGUAUGAUCUGAAUGCUGGUUUAAAAUGAAUGAUGGCUGGGUGAGGAAAAUGCACCUUUAUAUUUCAUGAAAUCCUAGAUUUUAUUCUCAAGGUGACAAUCGUGUGACUGAAAGUAAAUAUAUUUAAGGCUUAUCUUUUCAUUCCAUGUGGAUGGUAUACACAGCUUAUUGGUUAGUAUUCGUACUGUUUGACCCCCUUCCUGCUCGCACCACACAUGCCGACUGCCGAACAAUUCAGUGCUCAGUCCUGCUGCUCGCUUUAUUUUAUGAUCUUGUGUGAAUCUGUCAUUGAAUAAUUGUCAGUUUGUUUGUUUGAAUGAAAACAAA